CUGAUCCGAGGAUCAGCUGGAGGCAGCAAUAAACAGAAAAAAAUCUGCAGGGGAAAAGAUUGAGGAGAGGAGGAAAAAGCUGCAGAUAUUAUGAUCUGAAAACAUCAGUGUAACAUUUUUACACGAAGCCCUUCUUCUGAGAAGAAAGCCUUUUAUUUUUGUAUAAUGGUGUUUUAACUACCUCACUUACAGUCUAUCUAAAGCUAUGCUUUAAGAAUUGUUGUCGUUUCUACUGUGUGUGAGAUCUCGUUUACAACUUGAAUAAUAUUGCAGAGGCAGGCCUUUGCUCCAAACCAAGUGAAACCUUACAUUUGCACUACAGAAGCCUGUCCACUCCUGUUUGUCAAAACCGAGAUCCAGCAAAGGGCUUCAAGUGAAAAAAAAGAGACUCAAAAAAUCAGACAAAGAAUUGCAUAAAAUAGCAACAAGUGAUACCUAAACACAAAUAAGACAUUAAAAAAGGCAGCUACAGCUUUUUCUUUGUGGACGACAAAAAGCACCCAAGUCAUCAACACUUGACGAUACGAGCAGUCAUGUUUCAGCGUCUGAGCAACCUGUUGUUUGGGGAAGUAGAAGAGGUGGCAGCUGAGCUGAAGGGACCCAACCCCUGUGUGACGGAGGCCGACGAGGAGGGAUGGAUGCUUGUCAACCUGCCUGAAGAAUCUGACUGCAUGAUGCAGGCGGAGGAUGAGACGGGUGCCCCACUGAUUGCACAGUCAUUUCCAGACAGUAACCAGUCAAAUCAUCAAGACACACAUACAAGGACUGAACGCCCGGCCCUCGUUCCCCACGCGCCUCACAAGCGCCGUAGGACACAUAAAGGUCGGGCACGAGGUGCUGUAGCAUCAUCAGACCCCCUGUCUUGUCCAAGCGCUAGCCCGUCAGACUUGGGUGCCACUACACCUGUACCCCUGCCAAGACGGGCCAGACUGUCCACGCCUUCCUCCACCCCGUCAGUGUCCCCUGGCUCUGGAAGUGAGUGUGGGGGCAGUGGGGGUAGCAGUAGGUCAGGCCCAGAGAGAGGCUGCAUGGAUGAGAGCUGGUUUGUCACCCCUCCCCCCUGUUUCACUGCAGAGGGAGCCACCGCGGAGGCCAGCCCGAUGGAGGACCUGCUCAUCGAGCACCCCAGCAUGUCUGUGUACAUCUCCUCAAACAACUUGUCAAUGGUCUCCAACAGCAACCUAUCUGUGGUGGGAGAGGAAAGCACUGUCAGCCUGGCGAGCAGCGUGAACAGAGUGGCUGAAUCAGCUGCUGCCCCCGCCACCUGCAGCACUAUGCCCACCAGGGUGACCCGUGGAGCAGUUGCCCAGGCUGGCGCUUUGGCCAAGGUCACCCAAGUGGCCAGGGUCCAGCGUAGCAAAACCCGCAUCGAGCGGCGCCAUCUGGGCCGCAACCGCAUCCAACGGCAAAAUCGCACCAGGGAGCAGGUCCCCCGCCACGCAGCCCACGCCAGAAACACCUUCCUUCACCAGCCCAGCAAGCGUAACAUCUGCCACUAAACUCAUCAACAACCACGGGGCAUCGUUUACUUUGAGGGCAUUAGUAGUGCAGUCAGCUCCAAGACACACACCAUUAAAUGUAUUCAACCACUGCAUAUUUGCUUUAAUUUCUGCACAUUAUAUCAUAUUACACUCAGAUACCAGUAGACCAGUAGCCUUUUUGUUUUGGUUUAGUCGCAAACUGACCUGGUAGUUUUAUACCCCAUUCUGCUGUUAUCAACCAAGCUCUCUGAGUAGAUCUGUGUAGACAUUUAUUAUAUUUAUUGUCCACUGCAGUAUCCAAACAACUAAAAAAUCUUUAAAAGACUUGAACAUAAGUAAAAGACUUAAUGUCUGAAAUGACAAUAAUGUCUGAAAAACAACAAAAAGUUUAGCUCUAAUUUUUUCUCCUAUCUUAGUAAAAGAUUAUCUUUUCUUUCAGUCUUCCUUAAGGCAUGUUUUUUUUUAUUAAUUAAACCAUUAAAUCCCUAAAAUACCCUUUGUUAAAUUUGGAGAUAAUGAUUUGAAACUUAAAUAACCAAGUGUACUUUAAGACCUUUCUGGUGGAAACAAUGCAAGACAAAGACAAGUUAAGCUUUGGUAUCUUUGCAGAGAAAGCAACUCAUUAUUUCUUCGAAGCUUUACAUUACAGCUAAUUUUUUUUCUUUUUUCAGAAAAUGUGGAAGGAUAUAUAUACCGUGUGUGACAAGUGAAAGAGGAAAAUCACUAGACAUUUGUUUCUCUCCAGUUUGGUCUGUCAACAUGCAAAGUAAAAGACAAGGGCAAGGAAACAUGGAGCAAUCCGUUUCAUCAACAAAUGUUGAGAUAUUUCUCUCCUCUCACUUUGCGAAGGAUGAGAGAAAGUAGAAGAAGGUGAGAGUAUGGGCAAAACAGACUAAAGAGUAAAAGAUAGUAUAGAACUAGAUAGUAUUAAAAGGAAUAUGGUUAACAUGAAAUGGUCAUAGGAAAGUGUUAUGUAACCCUCUGAGCAGCCUGUGAGCAAAUUUCAUAAGAGCAUUUGUUUUGCAUAUUUCAUCUGUGUUGCUCUGGAUAAUGAAUAAGGCACCUUCUUUUUGUGAACAUGAAGAUUGAUGUUAUGGGCACCCAUAAUAAAUAGAAAUCCUAAUAAGGAGUAUAAAUGGAGUUGAGGUGAAAGGAUACAGGGCUUGCCUUUGGGUUACAGGGUAUGGCAGGUUAUAGCAAGUGCAGAGCGGUAUUGAUGGCAACUCUUUAUUUUGUUUUGUUAUAUUGUUUUCUGCUCAUUUUGUCUCUUAAAUCAUAACAUUAUUUUACAGUGUCUCUCUCUCUGCAUGGUUCCACCAAUGAAAGAAAUGAAAGCUUGUCCCUGUCAGACAAAGAGAAAGUACACAUUUGGCUUUUAAAGCCAACAAAUUAAAAAAAAUUACUCCCUGAGAAUCAUAUACAGCAUAAUGAUCAUUAAAUGUGUGGUCUGUGAACUAAAGUAAUGUGCCCAGCACACAUCAUCCAUUUCCAUCCACAGUGUGUGCUGUGAUCUUAUGUUAUCCAUGUGAACACCAAAAAGAAAGUACAAUCUAUUUUCACAUCAGUCCCUUUCAUUGAAAGUCAGCGACUGCCCAGGAGGUAACUGAGAAAAGUGAAGAAACAACUCCUUAAAGCUUAACAACACCCAUCUUCCACCUACAACACAUUCAAAACUAUCAUCUUGCUUAUGGACGUGCAACCCAUUGCUCCAUUACCGUCUGCCCCUAUCUCGUUAGCACAUCCAGCACUAACAGCGUCCACUUAAAGAUCUAGCAUACUGAUAUGUAUUCAACAACAAUAGUAAACAAUGGUGCUGAAGUGUAUACUAAUGUUUGUAAAUUAUUUGAGACAUGGAUGUAAGUUUGCACUGUCAUACAUUUUGUGAGUCAAAGUUUUAGCGGUGUGCUGUGUGCUUGUUUUUCUUUUGUGAUAUAUUUUUUUCUUUUCUUUUUGUUUUGAUUAAAUUGUGUGUGAGAAGGUGUACUGACAUGUUAAAUGCUAGAAACUCUUUAAAAAAGACAUGAAUAAUGGUCAUUUAUUUGUCUUGUAAAUAUUACAAAACAAUUUACAACGCUCUGUUAGAUGUCAAAGCCUCUCAGGACUUGAGUCCACAACGUUGUGUCCAAUGGUACUAAUGAGAAUCCUCUCUCUGCCUCACCUCUGUGCUCAUUAUCAAAUCAAGAGGGAAUUUCAGUGGCCAAAAGUGGUGUCUUUGCCCCAACUUCAGUCUCAUCUCUUUGAGAUGCACCUUAAAAACAGCACUAGACUCAUAGUUGAUGUGCCAAAGGCAAACACUGCCCUCCAGAGGGUCCAUUUAGCACAGCACUAGCUGUAUGGAUGCUGGUGAGGAUACAGUAUUGACAUGGUUUUAAUACAAUCUGUACUGGUUUGUUCAAAGGAUAGAUUAAGAGUCUGAGGAUUAAUUUCAGAUUGUUUGGAAAAUGGAAAUGGCUUGUCUCAUUUAGAUCAUAUAGAUAGAUGAUUCACAUACAACAACAUUUUUAAUUUCUGCCAAUAAUCCUAUAUAUUACUUUGUUGUAUUCAAAAUCUGUUAAUAUUUGUUAAUUUAUAAUAGAAUUAUGAAUAUGAUCUUUUUUUCUGUUUAAAGAUGACUAUUAUCAUUAUGUGUCCUGUUGAUUUCUCUGAAUAGUGCAGGAGAUGUAUCUGAGGUGAUGAGUCUAACAUGCACACACACACACACACACACACACACACACAAAGUGAUCUCUGAUUAGACUUACACACUCCCCAGGGGCUUACUAUUCUAACUGAUUGUGUCUCUGAGGUUGAAUUUUGUUCACCUGUUCUAAAAUAGUACAUACAGAAUGAAAACAGGGUAAUAAUAAGAGUUCACAGGUGGACAUGUGUGUGUGCAUGCAAAAUGUAAAGAUCACCACAGAUACCCCUCUGCUUCUGCAAACCUGUCCUGUUUUCCUAAUUUUUAUUUCUUCCUUUAUCACCAGUGUCAUCUAAAAAGGAAAUGUGUUCCCAAUAUGUUGUGUGUGUUUAUUGAAAGGUGUGGUUUAAGAGUGAAAGUCAUCCGACUAUGGGGAGAGGGCGUGGUCACCAGGUGUGUUGAGCCUAUAUGCUGUGGACAGGGAAAGGAUGAGGCAGGAGACAGAUAGUAUAUAUAUUUAAAAUUUUUAAUUAAAUGUAUCAUAAAACUACAAUAGAAUAUGCUUGUAUUUUCCCAUAUAGUUAUUAGAACAGUUGUUCACCAAUAGGCUGUUUUAAAUGAGAGGCGUUGAAUGUCUGGGGAGUUUUAUGUUUUAUGUUGUGCCCUGAAAUGAAGGCAGCUUAAAAACACUUGGGGUUUCGCCCAUGUUACAUCUCAAUUAGUACACCCCUCCCCCCAUAAAAAUGGAAUAUAUAGACAUAUACAAUUUGGUGUAUCUGAUAUCUACAGUAUGGUGAUUGUGCCUUUCACUAUUUCUGCAUGGUUUUUGUGAUGUACUGAUUUUUCCAUCCCAAAAGUGGAUGGUCGUCCACUGACAGGCAAGACCUAUGCAAAAAUCAACGGAUGGGUUUUUCCAGCAUCCACUCAGAAAACACAGGUACCCGCCAAAAAAACAACAAUAAAUACUCAGGUUAACACCUGAA